AUGUCGGACCAAGCAAACCGGCCUCAUCGCAAGGCGAAGCCAGAGAAGAAGUCCACCGGAGGCAGGUCGUCAACUCAACAACUCCCCAUCGUCCGAGAAAAGCGCCUCCACGUCCCCCUCGUCGACCGCCUCCCCGAAGAAGCGCCCCCCAUCAUCGUCGCCGUCGUCGGCCCCCCCGGCGUCGGCAAAACCACCCUCAUAAAGUCGCUUAUACGCCGCUACACUAAGCAGACCCUCUCGAGCCCGACCGGACCUCUGACAGUUGUUACCUCCAAACGCCGGCGCCUCACGUUUAUAGAAUGUCCUGCCGAUUCGCUCGCAAGCAUGAUCGACAUCGCCAAGGUCGUGGACAUAGUGCUGCUGAUGAUCGACGGCAACUACGGCUUCGAGAUGGAGACGAUGGAGUUCUUGAACAUUCUGAGCGCGAGCGGCAUGCCUGGGAAUGUGUUCGGCAUUCUGACGCACUUGGACUUGUUCAGGAAGCAGGAUGCGCUGAAGGCGCAGAAGAAGAGGCUGAAGCAUAGGUUCUGGAGCGAACUGUACCAGGGCGCGAAGCUGUUCUACCUCUCCGGCGUUGUCAACGGACGAUACCCGGACCGCGAGAUCUUGAACCUGUCACGCUUUCUAUCUGUGAUGAAGAAUCCGAGGCCGCUUGUGUGGCGGAACUCGCAUCCGUAUUGUCUCGCCGAUCGCUUUUUGGACCUUACGCCGCCGACAGCUAUGGAAGAGAACCCGAAAUGCGAUAGGACUAUAGCACUGUAUGGAUACUUGCGAGGUACCAACUUCCCGGCGCAAGGCGCAAGAGUACACAUACCCGGCGUCGGAGAUCUGAAUGUCUCGAUGAUCGAAGCACUGCCGGAUCCAUGCCCGACGCCGUACAUGGACCAAGCCGUCGCGAAAGCCACAGGAAAGACUGCGCGGAGACGCUUGGGCGAGAAGCAGAAGCUGCUAUUUGCGCCCAUGUCGGAUGUUGGUGGUGUGCUGGUCGACAAAGAUGCCGUAUACAUUGAUGUCAAGACGAACACCUUCAACAGGGAUGCAGAAGAACAAGAGGAGCGCGGGUUGGGCGAGCAGCUUGUGGUGGGCUUGCAGGGCGAGAGGAGGCUCUUGGGAGAAGCCGACGCGGGUGUAAGACUCUUCGCUGGUGGCGAGCGUGUCGACGCAGGGGCAGACGCCGAACAAGCGGAGGAUAUGGGUCGAAAGUCAAGGCGUCACGUAAGAAUCGUUGAGAGGGAGGGUGGAGAUGAGAUCGAAGAUGACGAAGGGUUUGGUAGCAGUGAGGACGACGAAGAUAUGCUAGAAGAUGGCGCCUCUGAUGACGAGGACGACAGUGGUCACCUUGAAGCAGACGGCAUUGCAGAGGACAAGCUCGGUCGGUCCUUCCGAAAGGCGGCAGACAAGUUAACUGAUGGCGAUGUUGCUUUCGCCGAUAGCGAUUCAGAUCUAGGCUCCGUAUCGUCAGUGAAUGACCAGGAGUUGGAGGAUGGUGAAGACGACGAGGAAGACUUUUCAGGUGAUGAUGACCACGGGGCAAUUAGAUGGAAAGCGAACUUGGCCGAGAACGCUAGGGCUCGACAUGGUCGCAAGGUACCUCGGCGGACGGUAGAUCUGGCGCGACUAAUGUACAACGAAGCAAUGACGCCGUCCGAAGUAAUACGAAAAUGGAAGGGUCUGGAUGACGAUGUUGAAGAAGAUACACAAGACGAGGACGAGGAUUUCUUCAAGAAGCCCAAGCGUACAGCCGAUGAGGAUGAUCAAGAAGACCGCUCCAUACCCCGAUACGAUUUGCAGGAGCUGGAGCAAAGAUGGACUGACGAGGACAACCUCGAAGCUUUGCGGCGGAGGUUUGCGUCAGCGAACCUGCUCCGAGAAAAAGAAGACGGUGAUGAGGAAGAGGGUUUCGACGGUGUUGAAGAUGGGGACGACGAGGGCGAUGGUGCCUUCCAGGACCUUGAGACAGGCGAGACAUUCCAAGGCAACGAGGCCGCCAGCGAGCUGAACGACGAAGCAAAGGCGAUUGAAGCAGAACGAGAGAAGAACGCUCGCCGGAAAGAGGAGCUUAAGCUCAGGUUCGAAGAGGAGGACAGAGAAGGGUUCGCAAACGAUAAGGCAAAUGCGCGAAAAGAAGACGGCGAGCAGCAAGAAUUCGGCGAGGAUGAAUGGUACGAUGCCCAAAAAGCGCUAAUCCAGAAGCAGCUCAGCAUCAACCGGGCCGAGUUCGAUCAGCUAGACGAGAUGUCUCGUGUCCGGUUGGAAGGGUACAAAGCUGGCACAUAUGCCCGAAUAGUGCUUGAGCAAGUGCCUUACGAGUUCGCUGCGAGCUUCAACCCGCGACUCCCUGUAAUCAUUGGAGGGCUUACACCGACUGAAGAUCGCUUUGGCUUCGUCCAGGUCCGCAUCAAGCGUCACCGAUGGCACAAGAAGAUUCUCAAGACCAACGACCCCCUCAUCUUCUCGCUUGGUUGGCGUAGGUUCCAGACCAUGCCCGUCUACAGCAUCUCCGAUUCACGAACGCGGAACCGCAUGCUGAAGUACACGCCGGAGCACAUGCAUUGCUUCAGCACCUUUUACGGCCCGCUGAUAGCGCCAAACACUGGUUUCUGCUGCGUCCAAUCUUUCUCCAACAGCAAUCCCGGCUUUAGGAUAGCAGCUACCGGAGUAGUGCUAAAUGUGGACGAGAGCACGGAGAUCGUUAAGAAGCUAAAGCUCACCGGGCAUCCCUACAAGAUCUUCAAGAACACGGCCUUCAUCAAAGACAUGUUCAGCACUGCGCUUGAGAUCGCCAAGUUCGAAGGCGCUAGCAUCAAAACGGUAUCAGGCAUUCGCGGACAGAUCAAGAAAGCACUGAGCAAACCAGAAGGACACUACCGCGCUACGUUCGAAGAUAAGAUCCUCAUGAGCGACAUCGUCUUCCUUCGGGCAUGGUAUCCCAUCAAGCCCCACCGCUUCUACAACCCCGUCACCAACCUUCUCGAAGCGUCCGGCCCGGAGAGCGCCGAGGCGGGCAGCGGAUGGAAGGGCAUGCGCCUAACCGGCGAAGUCCGCGCCGCCGCAGGCAUCCCCACGCCCAGCGACAAGAACUCCGCGUACCGUCCCGUGGAGCGUCAAGCGCGCCAUUUCAACCCGCUAAGAGUACCACGCAAGCUGCAGGCGGAGCUGCCGUUCAAGUCGCAGCCCGUGCAAAUGAAGCCGCAGCGGAAGGAGACGUAUAUGCAGAAACGUGCGAUUGUGGCGGGCAAGGAGGAGAGAGUGGCGAGGACGCUGAUGCAGCAGGUCAUGACGCUGAGGAAUGAGAAGGUGGCGAAGAGGCGGGCUGCGCAGGAGAAGAGGAAGGAGCCGUACAGGGCGAAGGUUAAGGAGAAUGAGGAGAAGAGGGCGGAGAGGGAGAAGAGGGAGAAGGAUGAGUAUUGGAGGAAGGAGGGGAAGAAGAGGAAGAGUUCUGAGACUGCUGGAGGUGGUGGGAAGAGGAGGAAGUAG